CCCAUGAUACAUCGCGGGGCGCCUAUUCAAACCGCACAGAGAAGAGGAAGGAGAUCGUGAUGGCGGCUCCGAAGCUGGAAGUGCUGUCUCCUUCCGCAGUUCCUGAUUUGGAGUGGUAUGAAGAGUCGGAGGAAACUCACGCCCCCCAGAUAGAACUGCUUGAGACUACCUCUGCCCAAGAACCUCCCAACUCUUCGGAGCCUUUUUGCCCCCGAGACUGCUUGGUGCCAGUAGUGUUUCCGGGCCCUGUGAGCCAGGAAGACUGUUGUCGGUUUACUUGUGAACUUCUAAAGCAUAUUAUGUACCAACGCCAGCAACUCCCUCUGCCCUAUGAACAUCUUAAGCACUUCUUCAGAAAACCUUCCCAGGCAGAGGAUGUGGUGAAGAGGAAACCUCGGGCCACCGCUGAGGCAAGCAGCAGGACAUGCCGACAAACCCUGGCAGAACUGGAGAGCGUCCUCAGCCACCUAGAGGGUCUCUUUGCCAGGACACUAGUACCACGAGUGCUGAUCCUCCUUGGAGGCAGUGUUCUAAGUCCCAAGGAGUUCUAUGAGCUCGAUUUGUCCCGCUUGGCCCCCAACAGCAUGGACCAGAGCCUGAGCACAGCAGCUUGUUUGCGCCGUCUCUUCCGAGCCAUUUUUGUGGCUGAUGCCUUCAGUGAGCUGCAGGCUCCUCCGCUUAUGGGCAUUAUUGUCAUGGCACAGGGGCACCGCGACUGUGGAGAAGAUUGGUUUCGUCCCAAGCUAAACUACAGAGUUCCCAAAAGAGGCCACAAAUUGACUGUGACCCUGUCCUGUGGCAGGCCCUCCAUCCCAGUCACAGCCUGGGAGGAUUACAUUUGGUUCCAGGCACCAGUGACAUUGAAAGGCUUUCACGAGUGAAGGGGGAUGCUUCUUAAUUGUGAACACAAUGGCUAAAUUAUCUUUCCUUCUGUUGCAACAAGUUACCCAUCUCUUGCUUGGAGGUAGAGUUUCUUCCUGGUGAGAGAAAGGUUCUGUCCUCUGGCUGCCUACUUCUCCUUCUCAGACUUCCUGGUGGGCUGAUGGUAUGGCUGGGACUGUAAAAAUUAUUGUUGAACAACAUCUCUUUGAAUCAAAGGUUGGUUUUCCCAGAGGGUGCUGGGUCGGGCUUCUAUGUUUACAAUUGGAAAGCAAAUGUGGGCCCCAAAACGCUGUUAUGUAAGUGGCCUUUUUCUGGGGCCCUUCAGAAUUUUUACCAGGGACAUAAUGUGGGUGUGUAACUCAUAAACUUAAAUAUAAAAUGAAUAAAUUCAUAUUAAAUUUUCUGAAACUCUUGGUUUAAAGAGACUUUCCAA